GCAUCGUGUGCCGCUGGCUUUUUACAGUCUUUAUAGAUAUCUCGUCGUUACACGCAAACCGUAUACAUAACCCAAAAUAUUUGGCGGACUGCAAAAAUUACCUCCCAAAAUUUUUUCUUUAUUUAUAUCGUGGCAAUAAAUAUGUAAUGUGAAAUAUCGAUACAUGUAUUUACGUAGUAAUAUUAACUGAGUAUCGGCGAGAAUUAAAAAGACUCGAAGAGGAAAAUGGCAGUGGUGAUUGAAACGACCAUAGGAGAUUUCACCGUAGAUCUCUAUACUGAACAGCGUCCUCAAACCGCACGAAACUUCCUGAAACUAUGUAAACUCAAGUAUUAUAACUGGAACCUCUUCCACUCGGUACAGAGCAACUUUAUCGCACAAACUGGAGAUCCCACUGGUACUGGAAAAGGAGGGAAGAGUAUAUAUGGAAUUGUACUUGGUGAAAAGGCUCGGUAUUAUGAAGCUGAACAAAUGCCGAAGAUCAAACACAGUAGGAUAGGUCUGCUCUCCAUGGUCAAUUGUGGUAACAAUAUGUUGGGCUCUCAAUUCUUUAUCACAUUGGGAUCAGAGCUUCAAUCGUUAGACAAUGAACAUUGUGUGUUUGGUGAGAUCGCUGAAGGACUAGAUGUUAUUCUGAAGUUUAAUGAAACCAUUUGUGAUGGAGAUCAUAGACCAUAUCAGGACAUACGGAUAUCACAUACAGUUAUUUUAGAAGACCCAUUUGAUGAUCCUGUAGGACUCAUGGUUCCCGACAGAAGUCCUGAACCUACAAAAGAGGCUCUAAUGAGUGAUAGAAUCGGAGCAGAUGAAGUAAUUGAUGAUACAACUGGCAUGACUACAGAGGAGAUUUUAGAGAUGCAAAAGGAUAAAGAGGCAAAAACAAGAGCUACGAUAUUAGAAAUCGUAGGCGACAUACCAGACGCAGACAUAGCUCCACCUGAGAAUGUCUUGUUUGUGUGCAAAUUGAAUCCAGUGACAAAUGACGACGACCUUGAGAUUAUCUUUAACCGUUUCGGGAAAAUCAUAGGUUGUGAAGUUAUAAGAGACCAUCAAACAGGAGACUCCUUGCAGUACGCAUUCAUUGAAUUCGCUGAUCGCAAAAGCUGUGAAGAAGCAUAUUUCAAAAUGGAUAAUGUUCUGAUUGAUGAUAGAAGGAUACAUGUUGACUUCUCACAGUCAGUCGCAAAAAUGCGUUGGCGGGGUAAAGGAAAAGGUAUCCGAUAUUUCGAUGAAGACGAGAAAACGAAGAAACAUGAAGAGAACUUGCCUUCAUUGAGGAGGCAUGAGACAUCACGUGGACGGGAUUAUGACAAUAGUAAAAAUAGGGAGGAAAAAAGAAAGAAGGAACACAAAGACAGGGAUCACACUUCGAAACACAGGAAACAUAAACGCAGGAAAGAAGACAAAGACGUGAGAGACAGAAGAAAGGACGAUGUAAGAGAUAGAAGAAAGGAGGACGCGAGAGAUAGAAGAAAAGACGAUGUGAGGGAAAGAAGGAAGGAGGAUGUGAGAGAUAGAAAAAAAGAUGAUGUAAGAUACAGAAGAAAGGAUGACACAAGAACACAUUGUAAGAAAAAUUGAGGGAAAUAAUUAUUUUUGGCAAUAAAGAUUAUUAUAUAUU